UAUGCAGUCCUUCCGUGAGCGCAGCAGUGGUUACCACAGCAACCAACCCUGCUACCAGCAGGAACCCCAUGAAUUAUCUCGGCUGGAGACCUACCGGCAACACCCACAUCAUCCUCACCCCCAGCACCCGCACCCAGGCCCCGGUCCACAUCCAGGCCCAGGUCCAGGGCAGAGCAGAUUGGCUUAUGAGGCUCAUACCUUGGCAAACACUACUAGCAUGCCUCCAGCUGGUGGAGCGGGAAUUGGAGGAGGACCCAAAGACUGUUACAACCAGCAAAACUAUGCUGGUUACCAAGGAAAUAGUGGAGGAAACGGGAAUGGAAACGGGGGCUCUACAGUCUCUCAGGCAAAAAAGCCUUUUCGAGGAAGCAAAGUACCCCCACCAAACCCAAGUCAGCACUUGCAGGGUCCUGGGGGCUACAGUAACCACUUAGGUCCCGGGACUUAUUCAGCUCAGUAUAUGAAUGAGGGACACCUUCAGCAAAAGUGGGAGGACCCAGCCCAGUUAGCACAGUAUGACCAGGAAAUAGUGGGACGUUUGGAGGCUAGUGCCACACCUGCACCUGGUUCCUCCCAGUUUGUGGACUCAAAUAUCCUUGGACACUCUCAAACCCAGUGCCAUCAGCCUUCAACCACAAAUUAUACAAGUCCCCACCACCAACCCCACCCUCCUAACCCUGCCCCCUCACCUCUCAUGUAUCCCCAGAGUCACUUGCACUAUCCCCAGCACUCUCCCUCUCCAUCAUCAUAUAUGGAAAAAUGCAGUCCUCUUCCCCAUUGUUAUAAAGGUUAUAACAUGCCUCAAAAUUCCCAGUAUGGCAGGCAGAUGAGUAGCCACAGCAGUUUGAAGCAGGCAGUCUAUAGGUCUCCUCAGAACAGUUAUGGGUACCCGCAGUCAAAUCCAAGAGGGUAUGAGCAACAGCCCCCUUUACAGGCAAUGACCAACCCCCAAGAAUCCCAUCCUAAAUAUCAACACUACAACCAACCCCAACCAAACUACUGUCUCUCAGAGCUGCCUGUCAGAUCUCCAGAACAGUAUUAUCAAACUUGUAGCCCCUCCUCAAGCCACUCCCCUGCACGUUCUGUAGGGCGCUCCCCCUCAUAUAGUUCCACCCCUUCACCUUUAAUGACCAAUCCAGAGUCAUUUCAGUAUGGCCAACCACCCAUGACACCUGGGGCAACCUCCUCUUCUUCAUCCUCUUCAGCUGGGAUGCAAGAACAAGCCAGUGCCAACACAAUGUUGAUGCCCCCACGGUCACAUCCUUCACCCAACAUUCCCCAUCCAACCCCCCACAGCUACUCAACCACACCACAAGUACCCACCAUGAAAGAACGAUUCUCAGAGAAGUUGUUGUCAAACCCCAGCUUGUGGAGCCUGAAUGCCCUCACCUCUCAGGUGGAAAAUAUCUCCAAUAAUGUCCAACAACUACUGCUUUCAGAGGCACUGGUUGCAAAUAAGAAAGGCGGUAAACGCACAAGUGGUGGGAGCAACAGCAGUGGUGGGAGUGGCGUGUCCUCCAAAAAGGGUGAAGAAUACAAAAGUCCUCCAUAUCCAGAUGGUUGUGGUAAUGUGGGUGGAGGGCCAAUACAAGACCCUUACUCUACCCCACAGCACCCGUCUCUGCCCAUGGAACUCCAUGAGGGUGGCUACUCCAGCAGUAGUGAUGAACCACUCGACAGGGGCUACUAUUACUUUGGCCAGGGCAGAAGUCCAGCCCAGGCUCAUAACAAUACACAACUCAGCCUGGACACAGCCUCUUCUUGCUCUAUCGCAUCUCCAGAUGAUAUGUCCACCAGGUCUGGGGACUCAAGUCUGCACAACCUUACCCCUGAUCCUACUAGAUGUCACAUGGGGCAGGGAGGAGAUGGCAUGAGUACUCCAGCGAAGAGCAUUGGGGAUGAGACCUCUCCAACAAGCAUUACAGUUUCAAGUCCUUUGAAACAAGAAAGAGAUUCUCCUUCAGAUAUUCAUCAUAUCAAUCAGCCUGUCAAAGAAAAUUUUGAGGAGUCAGCAUGGACAGAGAAAUCCGCUGAAAAAGAUGAACUAACAACAGUAAAAACUUCUGACUCUGUAAGAGAUUCAGACACAACUAACCUUACAGAGAGACAUGAGAAAUGGUCAGAUGAAGACAAAUCUCCAGCUCCUUAUAGCAAAGUAAACACAGAGAUGACAGAAAAAAACUAUUGCUAUGAGGAAACAGCAUACCAAGAUGUUCAGGGUAAAUAUGACUCUGAUGCAAGAUAUUCAGUUGAACAGUCCCCAGCAGCUUUCUCUGACUCUAGCAACAAAGACCACUUUGGUCAAGAGAUAAAAUCAGAGGCAUUCAAAUCAGAAUCUCCAACUGCAUCUGAGAGCUCUGUGAAAACGUUGCCUUUCACUUCAAGGGAAGACCUUGAGCAGGAUCAAUAUUUCACAGAGAAAGAGGAGAGCUCAGAAAACACAUCUCCAACCCCCAAAGUAGAAGCCUUGGACGACAGUAGCUCAGAUAAAAGAGAGAACAGAGAUCCAGAGAAUGAAAAAGAGGAAGAGGGAAGAGGUAAAGAUAUUAUUGAGGAGAAGCGGUGUGAUAUACAGAAAACAAUAAAAACCUCUUUUUCCCCUCUUUCAACUGGAGAGGUUGGGGAGGAACAAGAGGGGGAGGAGAUAGAAAGCCAGUCAUUGACUCAAGAGCUCAUAAGUAGUGAUAGUCAAGAGAAUUAUUCAGGAGAUCACAACAGCAAGACAGAGAGUACAAAUUCUGUGCUUAUUACUGAUAGCAACUUUGCAGGGGCACCUGAACAUCUAAGUGCAGCAGCAGCAACCACAGCAACAGAUGCUUCUACUAUGGAGUCAGCCAUUGGUGACACAGCUCCUCAGUCUCAUUCUGCAACACCAGUCUUCUCUGCUCUCAAUGACAAGAUGACAUCUUCAGGUCAGAGUAGGGAUCAUAUUGAUCACAGCGAUGCUAAAGUUCUUGAACCAGACUCUCCUCAGCUGCCAGGAAAGUCAAUACUUCCCUCUGCCCCAUCCUGGGCAGAUACCCCACCUUCUCCCAAAAAAGGUGAUGAGGAUAUAGAACCAGGCAUCAGCUGUGCCAGUGCUGUGACCCCACUGGCUAAACCAGAGCCUGUGGCCCCAUCUGCUCAGCCAAGGGCAUUUGGGCGUAAGCAUGCCAGGGGAAGAAGGAGGAUAGUGCAUUCAGGUGUAGGAUUACGACGACAGCUAAGCUUGGAAAGAGAAGGGGAAAAGGGAGAGGAAGGUGCAAACUCUCCUACACAAAAAGCAUGCAUGCCUACAAGCAAAACUCUUUUAUACUCAGAUCAAACCAACUUAGCACAACAGGAACCUAUUGUGAGCCAGGCUCCCAAAAUGUCAACAGAUACUAUUCAAUCAAGAAUGUGCACUCGAUCAUUCAAUGCACCAGAUAUGACUCCCAAAGUUGAACUUAACAUGAAAAGAAAACCAGGUCCAAGUUCUAAGCCUGGGCCAAAACCUGAUGUUACACCUGGACUAAAACCAGGAGCAAAACCAGGGCCAAGACCAGGACCUAAACCUAGUGUGAAGUCGGGCUCAAAACCUGGAACAAAAUCAGGACAAAAAUUGGUGUCAAGUGAGCCAGAAAUGUCCCCCAAAAUUGAAAUCACAAUAAAACAAAAACCAGGGCCCAAAUCUGGUUUAAAACCAGGACCAGGAUCAAAACCUGGUCCAAAACCAGGUUCUAAGCCUGUGCUUAAGCCUGCAGAUGUGUUGUCCUCAGUGGACGCCGCAUCAAUCAAGGCCCCAGUGGGUCGUCCCAGAGGUUCAAAUUCUAAAGCCAGGUUAGAUAACCAAGAAGACACAAGUCAACAUUUAACAGAACUGCAAAGCAAAGUCAGGAAGAGCCUAAAAGUUACAAUAUCCCAAAAGAACCAGGAUGUAAAGUCAACAGAACAACAGGAAAAACAAGUACACUCAGAACUAAAGGUACAUGAAAAGGAAAGUAAGAAUAUGGUAUUGAGGUCCAGGAAGCCCUCACAGGAAAAAGUGUCUAAAGAGAAAGAGAAAAUUAUUGAAGAGGUCAUUCAAACCCAAACACUUACUGAAAUGAAAGGCAAUGAUGAUACGUCAAAAGCAGAAGAGGUUAUGGCUAUGGAGCAAAACCCUAGCCCUGAUGCAGUCAAACAAACAGAUAUUCCUGAAAACUCACCUGCUUCACCUGCACUGCCAGUCCAAUCAAAUGAAUCUAUGGAUAAAACACUCCCUCCACUAAAGAGGAAAUGUAACCUAGAAGUUUCAAUAAUACCAUUGAAAAAAAAAAGAGGUCCGAAGCCAAAACUAAAAACAGCGCCACCUCAACCUGCCUUGCGAAAACAAGUUGCCCCCAUACCUGAAGAUAAGAGCGUUCAAGGUCCCAGAAGAAGAGGACCAACCAAGAAAGCCUCUGUUACUAAAGACACUCCUUCAAAUAUCAGUGGAACUAACAUCAGUGAUGUGCAAGUGGUGACCCCUCAAUGCCCUACCAAAAAAGUUCUCCCACCCCGCAAAGGCAGAGGGCAGAAAUAUGAGGCCAUGGUACAGAAAAUUACAUCUCCUAGCCUAAAGAAGCACCUUCCAGCUACUCAACAGGACAGCAGUGAUGAUGUAACAACUAAGGCUUUGUCUGAAUUUGCCCUUAAGGAAGGUGAGACUUCUAUACCAUUAAGCAACACUGAGACCAUAGAAUCUCUAAAAGAAGGUGUAAAAUAUGAGGGGGCAGUUAAAAAAGAGCUGUCACAAGAAAGGGAAAAGCAUGAAGUGGGUCAAAAGACAUCAACACAGGAAGAGGGAGGAAUGAGGGCAGAAAAUGAGGUUACACAGAAGAAUGACACAAGCCAGAAAAAUAUUAAAACAGAAAUCAAGCAGGAUGUUGGAGAUGACAAGGUUUAUACUUCAAAGGAGACACAAUUAGAAGUUGGGGCUCCAGUUGAGAAGACACAACAGGCUUCAGAGAGUGUAUCAACUGCUGACACCAAGUCUGCCAGAACUAAAAGGAAGAGAUGGGCAAUGGUGGAGAGUACAGACGCCUCAGUUGUAGCCUUAGAAGCAGAUAGUCUCAUAAUUACGACUCCAAGGCUUGCCAAACAGAGGGCUAUUAAAAAUAACCACGAAAUGCACCUAAAACAAAGAAGGAAGAAAAGAAAAGGUGAGGCCACUUUAGAGAAAACAGAGACCGUGGAAGAGCCAAACAAUGAAACAGUAGAAAAGCAAGAACAUUUUGAAGAAAAGGUUCCACCCACAGAGCCCACAGUACCGCUACCAAUUAGCCAGUAUGAGAUCAUAGAAGAUCCCCAGGCUGUCAGUUCAGAGCUCAUUCAAAAACCUCGAAGAGGCCGAAAGCCAUCAGCGAACCCAAGCAAAAGGAAAAGAGGCAAAACCUUAAUGGAGCAGAUUCUCAGCAAGCCAGUGAAGGUCCACAAAAAGCCUGGGCCAAAACCUGGCAUGAAAGAUGCCAUUGAAGUAAUUGAGGCAGUUGUAAGGGCAGCUGGAUGUGAACAGACUGAAAAAGAGGAGAGAGAAAAAGAAGAUAUAGAAAGAAGGGGAAAAGAGACUGUAGAAAACCAGGAAACAUGCAUAGUGGGUCCUGUAGUGACCGUAACAGACAAACAAACUGAGGUCAUUUCUGUGAAAAAAAUCAGACGUAAACCAGCCCAUCAACAUUCUAAAUUGUCUUUUUGUCCCUAUGUACGGAUUAACAACUCCAGAGACUUUUCCUCUUGGUGUGCCAUAGUCAACAAACCUGAGGAUGCUGUGGUAUUUCAGAGACGCAGAAAAAAGGGCAUACUCAGAAUGAGGAAUCCCUUCACAGUUGCAAAGGUGGUGCCACACACUGCUGCCAUGCUGUUGGGACCCAUGCUAAACACAAGUCUGAUCGGUAGGAGUCUUACAUGUUGCUUGUGUGGAAAACCAGCAAAUUACAAAGACCUGGGUGACUUGUGUGGACCCUACUACACAGAGGAGAGCAUUCCACGCAAAUUUUUGACUGCCACACAUACACGGUCCUUCAGGGAAGAGUCCAAAAAGAUUGACGCAAAUGAUAGUAGCACCACUGAAGUGCCAGACUCCUCAUCAAAUAAUGAAGGUGCAACCAGCUCAGAAAAGGAGAGGAAUACAGAAGCUUCCUCUCAGGAGACAAGGGGCAGCAGGCAUCACCACUGGCGCUACCGACGGCCAGAAAGGCCAGAAAGAUUGUGUCAGGAGGGUCGUCCACGAAGAUUAACUUUAAGAGAUUGGUUCAGGAAAAUUAAGCAGCUCCAUACUGUCAGCACAGAGGACCCAAAGGACCAAGAGGGUAAUGAAAGCAAGUUCCAAAGGCUACAAAUGGAGGCAGAGGCUAAGGAACACUGGGCUCAUGAAAAUUGUACCAUCUGGACCAAGGGAAUUAUUAUGGUAUCUGGGAGGCUAUAUGGACUGAAAGAGGCUGCCAACAAGUCAGCCCAAAUGAGCUGCUACAAAUGCCAGAUUGUGGGGGCGUCCCUCAGCUGCUGUUGGAGAGGCUGCUCUUAUAAAUACCACUAUGUCUGCGCCAAAGAGAUAGGCUGCACAUUCCAUGAGGAUGAUUUUUCCAUCAAAUGUCCAAAACAUGAGGAUCUGUAAGAUAUUCCCAUGAUCCACCUUCACCACCAGAACCAUCACUCUGCCACCCAUCCAGCGAGGCGAGCACACGACUGAAACUGCAGUGAUGACUGAUGAUGGACAGGUGUGUUGGCCGGAGGCAGCGCCGACAAGUGAAUUCUGGAUAAACUGCUCCGCAGAGAUCGCAGCCGCUUCCUGAAACCGGACAAGAAGUGUAUUUUGUCGUCGGCGUCCAUUUUACUGCGAGGCAGAGGGAGGACACGUUUUGCUUCGAGCCUGGUGCAAACUGUUUGAAAUGCACAGCGAGGAUUGUGAGUGUGUGUGUUCUGCCUUCUGAUGGGCUGCUAUCAUGCUCAGACAGCUGGCGGCCAUUGAUUGGACUGAAGCAUCCCUGUGGCCACCUUGUCUGUGGGCCAACAGGUGCAUCCAUGUGUGCUCGAGUUUCUGUAUGCGUUUGUGUGUGUGUGUGUGAAAGAGGACCUUUGUACUGUCAUUCUACAGCCACUCCAUCACCAUGUGUCCGUGUGUCUGAGUGUUCAGAACUGAGGAUGUCAUCCAUCAGAAAAGAAAAAAAAA